AUGGUAGCAAACAAUGCAUACCGUAAAGAGAUUAUUCAGGAAUUAGGAAAGAAAAAAACUCUCCAACUUCGUCAUGCUAUCUUCCAGAAGAAGAAGGAAGCAGCACAGAAGGCCAAAAAAACUGAAGUCACAAUGGAAGACAUGCGUAGCGACAUUUCCAAAGGUAAAGUUCACACACUUUCUCGACUUAAGGCACUGCUGGUGCUGGAUCCUGACCUUUUUGCUACUAAUCGCUGGAAACGGAAAGAACUGUUGACAUUGGCUAAAGCUUGUGGGCUUCUGUACACUAAUAGAAUGACUGUCAGGCAGUUACAAGAACUGUUGAGCAAGGAAAUUCCUUCAUUGGUGGAGGUGCCUUAUGAGGAGCUGAUGGAUGAUGACUAUGAACCUCCCUCCAAGAAAGCUAAAUCUGCAACUGGCAAAGGGAAGGGAAAGGGCAAAGGGAAAGGCAAAAGCUCUUCUGUACCAGUUGUGGCUGAAGCGUCAGGUAGCAACAUACAAUCUGAACAGGAAGAGGAUUUUUGCUAUAAGUGCAGAAGUGACCAUGAGGGGACUUGGGUGCAAUGCGACUCAUGUGACAAAUGGUUUCAUUCUAAAUGUGCCAAACUGACAGAACAAACUUACCAACAACUUAUAGACAAUGAAGCCAAAUGGUUUUGUGAUGCCUGUGAGGAUACCAGUUCAUAG